ACACCUCGCAUUCCGUCACACUUCGCACUUCACACUUCCAUCUUCGCAGACUCAACGCAACCCCCAGCCGUCUCCCACCCACCUCUCCAACCUCAGCGGAGAGCGAAUAAGAGCAGUCACCUGAGGAACUUCCCUUCGCCUAGUAUAGAUAAAGUAGCUUCCUGCCGCGGUCUCCAAGAUGCUUCCGAUCGCUACCAUCGCGACUGAAAAGGGGUCGCCAGUCCAUCCAGAAUUGCCGACGUCACACUCAGAUCUUGAGCAGGCUCGAGCUAUAAUCCGCGCCAAGGAGACCAAAGAGCACAGAAAGGCCAUAUGUUUCGGCCUCGCCAUCUUACUCUUGCUGGCCUGUUAUUUCUUCGACAACAUUACCCCAAGACCCUUCACGGACCCGUUCAGCGAGCUUCCCCUCGACCUGGAUGCUUUCGACGACUUUGGCAAUGACGACGAUGCCAUCUGUAGGCAGCCCGCCCCCCGGGUUCCCCAGCAGAACCAAAACAUCACGGAACGCAACUACGAUGGCCUCUUCCGCGACCCCGAAUGGCGCAAGGAGGCCGGUGAACGUCUGGCGCAAAGCGUGCGUAUCGACACCCAGACCUUUGACCACCUCCGCGAUAUCAUGCCGACCCCAGAGGGCACGCCAGACAUCCCCGAACGGGCCGGAUUCGACAAGUUCAAGGAGUGGAUCGCCAAAGCUUACCCCCUGACGCACAAGCAUUUGAAGAGGGAGUUGGUCAACAGAUACGCGUUAUUGUACACGUGGGAGGGCAAGGAGGAUGUCAAGACGGCCAAACCGCUCGUGCUAUGCUCGCACAUCGAUACUGUGCCUGUGCCCGCUUCGUCGCUUGAUCAGUGGGUGCAUCCCCCGUUCUCCGGUCAUUUCGAUGGGGAGUAUAUCUGGGGUCGUGGGAGCGUGGACACCAAGAACACCCUUGUUGCGAUUGUGGAGGCCGUUGAAAACUUGUUGGCGGCUGGGUUCAAGCCCAAGCGUACUGUUAUCUUGGCCUUUGGAUUUGAUGAGGAGAUUAGCGGAUACCAGGGCGCCCGGUUCCUCUCCAAGAAGCUUCUCGACCGUCUUGGCCCCGGCGGCGUAGAACUCCUCAUCGACGAAGGUCCGGGCAUCGGCACCGAAUACGGCGCCACCUUCGCCUCCAUCGGCAUCUCCGAAAAGGGCUACACCGACUCAACCCUCACCCUCUCCACCGCCGGCGGGCACUCCUCCAUCCCGCCCAAACACACCAACAUCGGCCUGAUGGCGCGCAUCAUUGCGAACAUCGAAGAGAACGUGUACACCCCCGAACUGUCCGACGACAACCCUUUCCUGCUCAACUUGCAGUGUACCGCCAAGUAUGGCCCGGAGAUGAACCCGUGGUUGAAGAAGGCGAUUAGGAAUGUGGAUAAGGUCCGCCCGGCUCUGGUUAAGUAUUUGGCGAGGGAUGUGCAGACGAGGUAUAUGAUGCAGACGUCGCAGGCUGUGACGAUGAUCAAUGGGGGUGUCAAACUCAACGCCCUCCCCGAACAAACAAUCGCCUCAAUCAACCAACGCAUCGCCAUGCACUCCUCCGUCGAAACCGUCGAACACCACCUCAUCGGGCUCCUCACACACCUCUCCGACCCCUCCCGACUAGCCCUCAACUUCACAUCCACCAACCACCUCAACGUCACAAAAACCCACUUUGAAACACCUGACGCUGUUGGCGCAUUACAUUAUGAGACUUUCAUCCCGGCGUUGCAGCCCGCGCCCGUGAGUCCGGUGGAUACGCCGGCGUGGGACUUGAUUGCGGGAACUGUGAGGAGGGUCAGUGCGAGGAACUGGGAGGUGAAGGAGGGGAAAGAGGAGAAGGAGGAGGAGGAGGAGGGGAUUAUUGUACGCCCGGAGUUGAUGCCUGCCAAUACGGAUACGAGGCAUUAUUGGGAUCUGACGAAGAACAUCUUCAGAUACGACCCGAUCCGCGCCGACAAGAUCUUUGGCAUCCACACUGUCAAUGAACGCAUCGCGCUUUCGUCUUUCAUCGAGAGCGUUGCGUUUUUCCAUGAGAUUGUGCGUAACUUUCAGGAAGUCGAGUUCUGAAACGUGUCCAGUGAUCCCAUUUCUGAUGGAAUUGAAGCGGCGUCGGCGGACGUUAGCUUUCCUCUGUUCGACAACUUCUUCUUGAUUUGGCGUACUGUAGAUAUCGUGUAUGACGGGUUUACGUAGGAUGCACACGAAGGCUGUUUCUUGAUUCGAAAUUUCAUUGCAUUGUCAUAUCUUCUGCGACUUUAUCAUGCACAAUUCCAUGUCUCAUU